CGUCAGUGUGUAGAGGAGGGUGAGCAGGAUGGAGGGCAGGAGUCUGCUUCUGGAGGGUCUGCCCGAUGAUUUCCACAAACUGAAGCCCAAACUAGAGCUUUACUUCAGAAACAAGCGCAGGUCAGGAGGAGAAAUCCUGCAUCUCCGAGAACAUGAGGAGGACAGACGGAAAGCUCUGCUGGAUUAUUUACAAGAGGAGGAUCUGCAGAAGGUGCUGGACACCAGAGUCCAUACGGUGACUUUAAAAGGUUACGGAAAGGUGGAGCUGACGGUGAAGCUUCCAGAGCAGAAGAACAGACCAGCAGAGCUGAAGACACCGGAGGACAGCCUUCAGCACAAGGUCUCUGCGCUACAGGAGGAAACAGCAGUCAGGCAUCAUACAGACAGGGACUGUGAGACUCCUGAUGUGCUGAUCUCCAGCUCUCGCUCGCUCAAUAAGGAAACUCUGCAGAUGUAUAUUGAGCAGUUUACAGAACACUUCGAGCUCGCCAGACACGGAAACAACAGCUGGAUCCUCAAGCUCUACAGUCAGUCAGAUCUGGAGGAGAUUGUGUCCCGGGAUGAGCACCAGUUUGGUCUAUCUGUAGCCGUGCACAGCGUAUCUGAACGAGCCGAGGCCUGGGACCCGCACCGCUUCAUCCUGAGCGGGUUUGACGGCACCACCGAAUGUGACCUGAUCUCAGUGUUCAUCGGCAGCUGCAGCAGAACCACCACACACUGCUGGGAGCCGCUGGAUGAGGGCCGGGUCGUGGUCAGCUUCAGGCAGGACAUUGAUGUGAACUCAUUCAUGAAGAAAUGCACAUCGAAGCAGCUCCAAGGGCGAGACAUCGGGGUGACGCGGAUGGAGCGGACUGAUUCGGUCCUGCUUCGUGGAGAUCUGGAGCCGCUCAGCGAAGACAUUCUCACACUUUACUUUAACAACAAGAAGAGGAGCGGCGGAGGAGAAACGCAAGCCUUCAUCUGGAUCAACAGGAGGAACAGCGCCGUCCUCACCUUCACUAACGCUGACGAUGCGUAUGCAGUGGUGGAACAAAAGCACAGUGUUAGCGGCACAGAUGUUCAGGCUUACCUGUUCUACUCGAGUCUGCAAAAGGCUUUAACUGGAGAAAAACCGAAUCUGACGGAGAUCAGCACGAAGCUGAAGAUUCCUGUCGGCGAAGACCUGCUGCGCUUCUGGGAGAGUGACGAGCACAAUCGCAAACAGCUGGAGAGCGAAGCGUAGCGGCUGCAGGCUAAAGUGCUGAU